AUGGAUAAAAGAUUAUUUUCAUUAGUAUUAAACAAUAAAGUGUUGUUUAGGAUCAUUUUUAAUCAUGUCAGUUUGAUUUCAAGUUUAAAAGGAGGAAAUGGAAAUUUCAAGUGGAGUGAAGUAAUUGUUAAUCCUCAUAUCUUGGCUUCUCACAACUACUUUGAAGAGAUGAAACAAUGUUUAUCAAUCAGAAAUGAUAUUGAUUAUCGUUACUAUCGUAAAAGAUUGACAAUGGAGAUGGCCAUCAAAUAUGGAUCUAUUGAAAUGUUUAUAUUUCUUUUGAAUCGAUUAAAAGUAGACAUGAACACCACUGGGUCAGUAUCAGACAAUUCGUCAGGUAACCACCUUAAUAGUAUCUUCAUAUGUGCAGCUCAGUCUGGAAGAUUUGACAUCAUUGAGUAUCUAACAGUACGAUUCGAAACUUAUCAAUGGAAUUACUAUCUAGCUAUGGAAAGGUCACCACUCUCUGGAAACUUUGAACUUCUUAAGUAUUUGGUCAAGAUGUACAAGAACAAUAGAAUGCUUAAUAACGAAUUGAAACAAGGAGAAACUGUGUUUGACAGAGCUGCUUGGGUUGGUCGUAUCGAUAUGAUUGAAUUUCUUGUUCAGGAAACACCACAAUUCCUGAAAUCUAGUUCAAUGUAUGAGAAUGCAAUCAGUGCUGGACAUCUACAUGCUGUUGAAUAUCUACUUCGAGAACAUCGUAGUCUGGCAAACAUUAAAACAUACCUUAUAUUUUUUAAAAGACCACUCAAGGAAAAAGAUAAUUUUGAUAUUAUCAAACUAUUGAUUAACAAUAAUAUUGAAAUCAACAUUAUGGAGCUAGUGGAUCAUGAAGUCGCAAGUGGAAAUUUAGAACUUCUUCAAUGGUUGAAGAAUCAUUCAAGACUCGAAUAUAGUUCACUUGCCUUGGAAAAUGAGGCUUAUUAUGGGCAUCUAGAAUCCUUGAAAUGGUUAUAUAACAACUUCACUGGAGAAUGCUCAGGACGGGUUAUGGAUUUAGCUGCCCAUCAAGGUCAUUUCGAAAUAGUAAUCUGGAUCAACGAAAACAGGACUGAAGGUUGUACAGAUAACAUAAUGUCAGAAGUUAUUUUGGGUUGUGGAAGAUUGGACAUUCUCGAGUAUUUAUACGAUAAUCAACCAAUAUCUUACUCAAAUUUGAAUGAUAAUGAUUUCAUGUUAGAAGCUGCUGCUCUUGGAAGAUUAGAUAUAUUACAAUAUUUUCAUUCCAAGAACAUACCUUGUCAGUAUUUAGCAAUGGAUUAUGCUGCCGCCAACAAUCAUCAGAAAGUAGUUAGAUGGCUCUAUGAGAAUGGUAUCAUUCAAGAAUUUCAAGAAUCCAGUCUUGUUACAGCGAGUUCAAGAGGUAAUAUUGAAAUUGUGAAAUAUAUCAUUCAGAAUUCAACUAGACUAUCAUUGGAAAAUGCCAUUUGCAAUGCUAUCAAAUCGAACCAUUUGGAUGUUGUUAAAUAUCUGUUCAGUCUUUCCACUCAAGAUACCAUCACCAAAAGAAACUACUUUGUGAUUUCAACAACUUGCGAAAAUACCGAUGUUUUAAAAUGGCUUCAUUCAAACAUUGAUAUUUGUUGUACAAUUACAGAAGAAUCAUUCUAUUUGGCAAUCAAGAAUACAAAUCUUCCAUUAGCCAAAUGGAUAUUUAGCAAUAUUGGUGAAGAUCGAAAGAAUCUUUUCAAAAUGGAAACAUUUUCAUCUGAUCUAUUCAAAUUCAAUCAAUAUGAAAUAAUUGAAUGGAUUUUAGAAUCAUUUAGAGGUAUACCAAGAAGUGAACUUGAAAGUUAUAAACAAAUCUUAGAAACCAAAUAUUCAAAUUCAAAAGAAUCAAUUGAAAUUAUCAAUAAAUAUUUAUUAAAUUAA